AGAGAGAGAGGAGAUAAUUUUAGAGAGAGAAAGUUUCGUAGAGAGAGAGAGGAUUUAUGACGGUGAUGAUGCAUUGGUUUCUACUUUUCCUGUGGUCUAAAAUCAAUUAAAAAGCCUUCUCAUUAUAAGAACCCUAAAACCUCUGGUUUUUAUGGUUUUGUUAAUGGUUUGUUAUUGUUGUGCCCUGAUGAGGAAGCUUGUUUUCUCUCUCAUCAUUUAAAGGGAGAUUGAGCUAGAGAGAGAGGAGAUGGAUCAGGAGAUGGGGAGUACGAGUGCUCGUCCUCGAGGGCAGGUUUCGUGGCAUGACUACUGCAAGAAUGUGCUACUUCUUGCUUAUCAAAGUUUUGGUGUAGUUUACGGUGACCUGAGUACAUCCCCUCUGUAUGUAUUCAAGAGCACAUUUGUAGGAAAGUUACAGAACCAUGAAAAUGAAGAUGCAAUAUUCGGUGCAUUUUCCUUGAUCUUUUGGACUUUCACAUUGAUCCCAUUGUUUAAGUAUGUUUUUAUCCUGCUGAGUGCUGAUGACAAUGGCGAAGGGGGGACAUUUGCUCUUUACUCACUCCUUUGUCGACAUGCAAAGCUAAGUUUACUUCCUAAUCAGCAAGCAGCCGAUGAAGAGCUCUCUACUUAUAAAUAUGGGCACUCUUCACAGGGAAUUGUAUCUUCACCAUUAAAGAGAUUUCUUGAGAAGCACAAAAGGCUUAGGAUCGGCCUUCUCCUUAUUGUUCUAUUUGGUGCUUGCAUGGUUAUAGGUGACGGCGUUCUCACACCUGCAAUUUCUGUUCUCUCUGCUAUUUCAGGACUCAGAGUUUGUGCCGAGAAACUACAUGACCGUGAGAUGGUAAUUAUUGCCUGUGUUGUGUUGAUCGGACUCUUCGCCCUCCAGCAUUUUGGAACACACAGGGUGGGCUUUAUGUUUGCACCAAUAGUUAUCAUUUGGCUGUUCUGUAUCAGUGCCAUCGGCAUAUACAACAUCAUCUAUUGGAAUCCCAAGAUCUAUCAUGCACUCUCUCCGUAUUAUGUGUACAAGUUCUUCAAGGAAACAGGAAAAGAGGGUUGGAUUUCUCUUGGGGGGGUACUUCUUUGUAUUACUGGAACUGAAGCUAUGUUUGCUGACCUUGGUCAUUUCACUGCAGCAUCCAUCAGGGUUGCGUUUGCUGGAGUAAUAUAUCCUUGCUUGGUAUUACAGUACAUGGGACAGGCUGCAUUUCUAUCGAAGAACAUCUCAGACAUCGAAUAUAGCUUCUACAACUCCAUUCCUAAGCCUGUAUUUUGGCCCGUCUUUGUCAUCGCCACGCUUGCAGCCAUUGUUGGAAGCCAGGCCGUCAUCUCUGCAACUUUCUCGAUCAUAAAGCAAUGUCAUUCACUUGGUUGUUUCCCGCGCGUGAAAAUUGUUCAUACCUCGAAGCAAAUUUAUGGGCAGAUUUAUAUUCCAGAAAUAAACUGGAUACUCAUGGUUUUAUGCCUCGCCAUAACCAUUGGGUUCAGGGACACAACCUUAAUUGGGAAUGCAUAUGGCAUUGCUUGCAUCACCGUUAUGUUCGUUACAACCUGGCUCAUGGCUCUGGUCAUCAUUUUCGUGUGGCAGAAGAGCAUCCUCGUCGCCCUCUCCUUUCUCCUCGUCUUUGGCUCCAUUGAGGCCAUGUACCUCUCAGCCUCCGUCAUGAAGGUAGCUCAAGGUGGUUGGGUACCCAUUGUCCUCGCCUUUGUCUUCAUGCUUGUAAUGUAUGUUUGGCACUAUGGCACUCGACGUAAGUACCUCUUUGACCUCCAAAACAAGGUCUCCAUGAAAUGGAUUCUCACUCUUGGUCCAAGCCUAGGCAUAGUACGAGUGCCUGGAAUUGGCCUUAUAUACACAGAAUUAGUAACUGGGGUGCCGGCCAUAUUCUCUCACUUCAUCACCAAUCUCCCCGCUUUUCACCAAAUCCUUGUAUUCGUAUGUGUAAAGUCAGUUCCUGUCCCUUAUGUUACACCAGAUGAGAGAUAUUUGAUUGGGCGUAUAGGCCCGAAGGCCUAUCGUAUGUAUAGGUGCAUAGUGAGAUAUGGGUACAAAGAUGUGAGAAAAGACAAUGAUGACUUUGAGAACCACCUUAUCUUGAGCUUAGCAGAGUUCAUUCAAAUGGAAGCAGAGGAGUCUCAAUCUAGCAGCUAUGAGGGCUCGACUGAUGGGCGAAUGGCAGUGAUAAGUACACCGGUAAGGCCUGGUUUGAGGUUGGUUGAGUCAGAAAACGAAGGGGAUGACUCGAUUCUCUCUCUAAGAAGCAGCAAGUCUUCGACUUUGCAAAGCUUGCAGGCCAUGUAUGAGCAAGAAUCGCCUCAAGCGAUGAGGAGGAGGAGGGUGAGGUUUGAGCUGCCUAAGAGCCCAACGGUGGAUGCCACAGUGAGAGAAGAGCUAAUGGAGUUGAUUGAGGCAAAGCAAGCCGGGGUGGCAUAUAUAAUGGGCCACUCAUAUAUCAAGGCAAGGAGGACAUCGUCGUUCUUGAAGAAGAUUGCGAUUGACAUUGGUUAUGCAUUCUUGCGCAAGAAUUGCAGGGGGCCAGCUGUUGCGCUCAAUAUUCCUCACAUUAGCUUGAUUGAGGUGGGCAUGAUCUACUAUGUUUAGGAUCUCUUCUCUCUUCUCUCUUCCCUCUCUCUCUCUCUCUCCCCCCUCCCCCCUCCUCUCUCUCUCCCUGCAGAUAUUUUUUUGCUGGGUUUUUUGUUUGAUCUGAAAGGAUUGAAAAGAAAAUGCAGGUGAAUGACCCCCUCUAUAGGGUAUGCUAAUUCAUCUCUCAUGUAUGCAUAUGUAUAGUCACUUUCAUUUGAUAGUUUCAUCAAUGUUCUUAAUGACUAAUAAGAAGCGGCAGAGUUCUAUUGAUGUAUCU